CCCUUGCCCCCUGCCCCCGCAGGCUCGGCGGGCCUCGGUGCGGGGCUCCCGCGUCGAGGUGGGGGAUGUCGGUCCCGGGCUGGGGCCCCCCGCGGCUGGACGGCUUCGUGCUGACCGAGCGUCUGGGCAGCGGCACCUACGCCACGGUGUACAAGGCCUACAGCAAGAAGGACGCCCGCCAGGUGGUGGCCAUAAAGUGCGUCUGCAAGAAGAGCCUCAACAAGGCGUCGGUGGAAAACCUGCUGACGGAGAUCGAGAUCCUCAAGGCCGCCCGGCACCCGCACAUCGUGCAGCUCUUGGACUUCCAGUGGGACAGCACUAACAUCUACCUGAUCAUGGAGUUCUGUGCUGGGGGUGACCUGUCCCGCUUCAUCCACGCCCGGAGAAUCCUCCCAGAGAAGGUCGCCCGCAUCUUCUUGCAGCAGCUGGCCAGUGCCCUCCAGUACCUGCACAGUCGCAACAUCUCCCACCUGGACCUGAAGCCGCAGAACAUCCUGCUGACCUCUCUGGAAAGGCCACAUCUCAAACUGGCAGACUUUGGCUUCGCCCAGCACAUGACACCGUGGGCCGAGCAGCACGUCCUGCGGGGCUCCCCUCUGUACAUGGCCCCCGAGAUGGUGUGCAGGCGGCAGUAUGAUGCCCGUGUGGAUCUCUGGUCUGUGGGUGUCAUCCUGUACGAAGCUCUGUUCGGAAGGCCGCCUUUCGCCUCCAGGUCUUUCACAGAGCUGGAGGAGAAGAUCCGCAGCAACGACGUCAUUGAGCUCCCCACACGACCUCAGAUCUCCCGGAACGGCCGGGACCUCCUACAGCGUCUCCUGGAGCGGGAUCCCAGCCGGCGCAUCUCCUUCCAGGACUUCUUCGCCCACCCCUAUGUGGACCUGGAGCACAUGCCCAGCGCAGAGAGCCUGGACCGGGCGACAGCUCUGGUCGUGGAAGCGGUGAAGAAGGACCAGCAAGGUGAUUAUGGGGAUGCCCUCUCCCUCUACUGCAGGGCCCUGGACUAUUUCGUCCCUGCUUUGCACUAUGAAGUGGAUGCCCGGAGGAAGGAAGCCAUCAGGGUCAAGGUGGGGCAGUACGUGUCCCGGGCCGAGGAACUGAAAGCGCUGGUCAACUCCUCCAACCGGACUCUUCUGCGGCAGAACAGCUCUACUCUUGACCUCCUCAAAGAGAUGGCUCGUGACAAACCCCGUCUUCUUGCUGCCCUGGAGGUGGCCUCCGUAGCCAUGGCCCAGGAGGAAGAAGGCAAGGACAAUGGCGACAUCCUGGAUCUCUACCAACAGAGCCUGGGGGAGCUGCUGCUCAUGUUGGCGGCUGAGCCCGCUGGGAGGAGACGGGAGCUGCUGCACGCCGAGGUUCAGACCCUGAUGGGCCGGGCGGAGUAUCUGAAGGAGCAAUCCAAGAUGAGAGAGUCCCAAUGGGAAGCAGAAUCUACAGACAAGGAGGGUCUCUCCGAGUCCAUCCGGAGCUCUUGCACACUGCAGUAAUUCUCCAAAGGCCUGGAGUCAAACCAUCGCCUGGAAGAGCAGCCCGGGGCUGCCGCCCCCACACAGGAAGACCUGCCUUGGACUCGAGGGAGGAGGUGGAGGGGACGGGGUUGGAAUGGAUGUCCUUUCUAAGUCAUGUGGGAACAGCCCUCCUCCCCCUCACCUUUUCUAUUCCCCUGAGUGCACAUCAUGAUCUGUAUUUGGUUUCUCUUCCGUAUUCACUAGAUUAAACCAGCAAGGACUGAUGAACAGGGCUAUGUAGGUGCCCUGACAAGGGACUUGGGGGCUUACAAGAAUGGGGGGGUUUUGGGAGCCAGCCUAGGAACAGCAGAUCUUGGGGUUAUGGAGGGAUUUCCCCGCACAUGUGGGGGCAUAGGGGGUGGAUUGAAGGCUCAGUUUCUGAACAAGAGGCUUCUUUCACCAGAACCCCUUGCUUGCUCCCAUGGGGCCAAGCGAGGAUCUUGUCUUGCGGGGCUGAGUCCUAGCCCUGAUGGUGGGAGUGAAGGGUCCCUUUGGCUUCUGUCCACAUGCUGGCCCUGGGUCUCUGGCUAAUCACAAUUUCCCUCAAAACUGUGUUCUGGCAGGAUUUUCCUGCUCCCAGAUUUGUGACUUGCUGACUCUCCACAGCCCUCCCUGAUCAUCAGGAAUCCAGUGCCCUUGAUCUCAGGUGGGAAUUGGGGAGCGGGGGAGAUCUCUGACCUCACAAUGUAUCCCAGUCCCAACCCCAUGGACCUCUCUGGUGCUGCCCCACUCCUCAGGCUUGCUAAAACCAUCACCCCCUCAGACUCCCUUCUGGGGAUGGUGCUGAAUCAGACAGGUUCUCAGCAACAGACCUGAGUGCAGAAAUGUGGACACUUUUUUUUCUCCCCUGGCAUGCAAUCAGGCUUGAAUCUGAGUGUUUCUUGCAGCAGUAUUCUGCACAGGGCAGAGCCAAGCAUGAUGAAAAUAAUUCGGGAGGAAACACUAUCAAGGUGAAGCGGGACUGAGCUGUGAAGAUGAACUGGCCCAUUCUACUGACUGAAAAGGGAAUCAAAUUGCCUAGAAGCGACAGAGUUUAACUUAGACAUUAAGCAUGUGGUAUGGGGUUAAUGUCUUCAGGAUGGGACCCCCAAACCUCUUGAAGUCCAAUAAUUCUUCAUUUCCCAGCCCAGCCUAGGAGACUUGCCCCACCCCUGGUGUGGUUCCUGCAGAUGAAUAAUGUUGAAACUGGAAUCAUUUAGCUGCCCCAGGUCCCCGCUUGGGUUUGUUUGGGCCUGUGACCUUCUCCACUGUGGCCCAGACAAUCUUGAGGGUUUCUAUUUUGUUUUUAAAUCCUUUAGGCUUAAAAAAAAACCUCUCGUGUCACAUGAUUGAGGGAGUCAUCUCUCCAGAGAAAUUUAGGUUACCCUAAUAUUUUAAUUUAUGAUCUCCUUUCUGUCCAUUGGUCACUCCCAGUCGCACAGGAUUAUUAGAGAAACUAAAAGGUUUAUGCGGGAUGGAGAGGGUGGUUAAGAUGAGAAAGAGGUAAAAGAGACCAACAGGGAGACUGGGAGGUAGACCAGAAGGCCAGUGAGAGUUAGCUAUAAAUUGGUGUCACAGUGUUUUGCGACAAUCAUUUGGCCUUUUUUUUUUUUGAACUGGUAAAACUUCAGAUCCUUUAAUCCUGCAGCCUCCACCACCGGCAAGAGAUUAAGGGGGCAAAUCUCUUGUAGACCUCAGCACUUCUUACCAGUUAAAAUGAUGUGAUGUAUUUAUUGCUUACUAUAUUAAAUUAUUUUCUAAAUCCA